UUAUCAUUGUUGAAACAAUGAGUCUGAACAAUAAGUAUUCUCAAUGCAAAACAAUACAUUUAAUGAGAUGAAAAGUCAAACAUGAUGGAUUUAUAGAUUAAUAGCAGUGGGACGUUUUUUCUUGUGGAAUCAAUUGGUUUAAGUUUAAAUUUUGUUAUUUCUAUUGUUUAAACAAUGGUUGGUUGGCAGAAGACAAUCAUGAUGAGCCUGGCUUUUGUUAAAAAUAUUUUCAUCAAAACUGUCCUCUUCAUCGUUGGUUUACCUAAUGGAGAUGAACACGAAGAGGUAACUAUUGCUGCAUUUAAUCAAUGGUGUCGACUUUCAAGAUUGUUUGGGUCAACAAUGAAUGGCUAUAAAUGUUAUUCUUCGGCAACUCCAAAUACAAUCUCUUCUUUUAACCGAAAAAAUUUUCUGAUUCGUUUUUGUAACAUUAUAAGCAUAAUUCGACUGGUAAUCUUGCUUCUCUAUGAAAACGAAACUGUCUCGAUUUUCGGUGGAGACCCUGUAUUCCGUUCUAAAAAACGAAUCCUUGAAAUUUUCAUUAUAUUCAUUGGGUUGGUCAUCGGAUUCCUUGCUCGAGAAAUUUUUCUCUCACUCGAAGCAAAGUUAAGUGAAAAAAUGUUUUUUUGUUUCCAAUGUUUCCUCCAAAGUAAUGGUUUCAAUCAUUUAAAUCUACAGAUGAACCCGUCUAGGGCUAUUGCUUUUCGAUAUUUAGUUCACUUUUUUUCCUUCUUUUGGACGCGUUUCAUGUGUUUAUGUAUUCCUUUCUUGCCAAUCUUAUUGAACACAACAAUUAUUAUAAAUCCAUACUUUUACCAGAUUCCAUGUUAUACCAUUUCCAGCAUAUUAUGGUCCAUUCCAUUAACACUUGCUUUUGUUUUUAAUGUUGUGGGUUUCGCCAGUAUAAGCGGUUACUGUAUAAUAUCUGGACUCUUCUACCUGAACAGACUAGAGUCUAUUUGUUCCAUUGCUGUAGAUGCAACUGCUAAGGACAACGAAAUUGAAGAACAGUUUGUUAUCUCUUUAAUUUUGAAGUUCAUUAGCCACUCAAACAACGUUGAACGCUUUCUCAAUGUUUUAGCAUUUCUUAUUUUGUAUUAUAUUCUGGCAGUCUCUUUCAUCGCUAAUUUGCUUAUUUUCGCUGGUUGCAUUGCGAGACUUUAUUCAGAUGUUAUUGCCGACAUGUGCAGUUUUCUUGGUGGUACGAUCAUGGCUGUGUUAAUCAUCGCAUGCUACACUGAAGGAUCAUUUAUUACAAAACUUGAUUUAUUUUAUAGAAAGCUUCAUUUAAUUAGCGAAUCUGGAUUGGAAAUGACAACAAAGAUGAAGAUACUGGAAGCUAUGGACAGGAUAAUUGGACCAUACAAUGGAGUAAAAGCAGGAGAUUUGGCGACCAUUUCUAAACAUUUUUUUAUUAUUUUUCUAUUGGAAAAUGCAUCAUUUUUAAUGCUGAUAACAGUCAACACAAGAUCGAUGUUGGAGUCCACAAAGUAAUUUGAAGAAUGGCUGCCAGUAACUUAUUAUCCCAGUCAAUUUCUUAGAUAUCUACAAUUUUGCAAUGGUUUUAAAGCAAAAAUGAAGUAAGUCUGUGUUGAAGCAAGUCGGGAUAUUUGAAUCUGGCCCAAUUUGAUGAGCAAAUUGAUAAUGUCUUCUUUCAAAGCACAUUCGCGCAACGCAGGAGCCACCAGAAUAGAAAAUGUUGUCUUUUGCCAUUUUCGGGGAUUAAUAAUAUUGAAACAGUAAUAUUUACAGUAACAUUGAAACAAAGUUUAGCUAUAUACAUUGAUUUUAUAAUCGGAUAUUGUUCAACCAAAUAAGAACAAAUUCGAAUCACGAAAAUCUAUUGGAAAAGAUCUAUGCCAUUCUUUUCAUGUAAAUUUAGUGCCUAAUAAAAGAAGUAACAAAUGCUUAGUUCUGAAUGCAAAAUAAAUCUUUAGUCAUAGGCAAACGUAAUGGCACACAUUGUCUCACUCGCACUUUAAAGACCAUUAGAUUAGAGAAGUACUGAUUGUAUACAA